UCAUCCUUGCUGUGUGUAAACGUUUAAGUGGCUCUAAGCGUUUCUGGGAAAGAAGGAGGUUAAACCGACUGCAAACACGAGGGAUUCUGCAUGUCGCGGAGAUGUCUGCUGCUUUGAAAUAACUUUACCUCCUCGGUCGAUAAAUCGUUUUAUUAUUAUUGUUAUUAUUAUUAUUAUAAUACUAUAUUUUUUCUGCCAUAACCCCGGUGCUGCUAUUGACAAGGCGAAACGGGAGAUAAGCCUACAUCGUUUUUGUGUGGUCUGGAUCAAACACGGUUCUGUUAGUUUUUUUGGAUUUAGCCAUUUCAUUCCAUUUGCACACCGAGUGUGUCGUUUGCUUUCUGUCCUUUUUGGGAUGUACAAUCGUCGUUGGUUGUUUUAAACUUAGUUCUCCCUCCACUGUGCUCCCCAAGUGCCUGUAACUGGGUUUCUGAUUCUAAACCUCCAGUAGUGUGAGGGCUAACUGAAGGCAAACCUGCCAGCGUACGGCGGAGCAGCUCGGAGCCACAGACACGCACUCGUGCACCAUGAGCCAGGCGGAUAUAUCCACUUGCUCCGCGCCUCAGAGGGUCUUCCAGGAGGCUGUGAAGAAGGGCAACACGAAGGAGCUUCACUCGCUGCUGCAGAACAUGACCAGCUGCGAGUUCAACGUGAACUCCUUCGGGCCAGAGGGGCAAACAGCGCUGCACCAGUCCGUCAUCGACGGCAACCUGGAGCUGGUCAAGCUGCUGGUGAAGUUCGGGGCAGAUAUCCGACUGGCUAACAGGGAAGGGUGGAGUGCUUUGCACAUCGCCGCUUUCGGAGGACACCAGGACAUCGUUUUAUACCUCAUCACCAAGGCGAAGUACUCCUCCGGCGCCAGGUAAACCACGGCAAACAAAUAAGCAACAGCAAAAGAGACAAGUUCCUGUUUAAACCCGUAUCUUUCCUUGCUCUGCCAAAUUGAGAGACUGUGGCAAAACCAAAUGGAGGGGGAGGGCUGGGGUAAAUGGGCCUUUAACUAACUACAUGGUCACAUCUGACAAUAUACAGACAGCAUGGAAGAAAUGAACAUGCAUAUAUUUUUGUGCGUUGGUACUAAAGCUUUUCGUGUGUGUGCGUGAAUGUGUAAAACAUCAGAAUGGGACUCCGAACUGAACUCUAGGGGGCAGAUGCUUAUUGCGAGCCGUGCUGUAUCUGAAACGCGUUGAUAUUUUGCUUUCCCCACCCGUAUUCCGACAAGCCCCGCCCAUUAUGCGCUGGGAUUGGCCAGUAAGGCCUUGCGUCCUGCGCUGUACUCAAAAGAAGCCCGCUGUUCUAGAACGCUUCUACUAGCCAAUCGUCGCACAGCGGGGCGGAGCCUGUCGCAAUACUGCGGGAAAAAAAAUAACGCCUCUGAAACGGCUUGGAGGCGUUUACCUGUUGCUCAGCUGUUUCACUAGUAUGACCAUUACUGAAAUAUUUAGAGGAACAAUAUUUAAAAAGAUGGCACUUGAGGCUGUAUGCUGGAAUAUUUGAAAUUUUGAAAGGGAAGAGGUAAUGUCUAGAAUGAAGGCCAUCCUUUAUUUGGCUAAACACUGUUUUUAAAAAGCGUUUUAAAGCCUUUUCCAUCAAUCAGAACAUAUUUUGGCAAUUUGUUUCAAAAAGGCAUUAUUAUAUCCAAUGCUUUUUAAAAGUUUGUAAUCUUGAUAACAGCAAGUGACUUAAUGAUGUUAAGUACUGUACACAAUAGCUUUACUGUGUUUUCAUUGUAAGAGUAGUCCAAUGCGCCCUGCAGCUUUCAGGCUAAUGUGUUACUAAAAAAACAGCUGCUUUUGCUUUGUAUCAGGAAAAGUCACAUUUGGAAUACACUUUAUAAUCUUCUCUCAGUAUUUUUUUUAUUAUUAACACCCUGGUCAUCACUGUGAAUACAGGCUGGGUUUUGUUCUAUUUAUGAAGGUACAUUGAGAUAAUACAUUUAAAUUAUGUUGUGGUUGUUAUUUUAUUUUUUUUUUUU